UACGUCAUCACCCGGCGUCCGUAAAGAGACGGCAUGCUGCCUGAAGACGCAGCAAACCUGUAAACAUCGCAGGUUUCACGUUAAGACAGAGCUGAAAUGGCUCCGACAGAUCAAAAAAUGAAGAAUAAGAAGUUUACAGCGAAAGAUGGCAACCUAAAGAAACCAAAAAAUACCGUACAGGGUGUGAAAAAGAAGAGAAAAUGGAUUCCCGAGCACAAAGUGUUCGAAGGCAGCGUUAAGGAAGGUCAAGGGUUUGCUUUCAAGAGGAAGCAGAGAGUCAAACAUGAGUACAACAAGCUGCUGCGAAGAGAGAAGAAGAAGAACUCUGAGUCCAAAAUGCUGUAUAAAGAGGAAUACCCGGAACACCUCCGACAUCUGUACAUGGCCGAGGCAGAGAAACUGAAGAAUGAAGCCUGGGCGAACAGAGUGAACAGGAGUAAGCUGAGGAUGAAAGGACAGGAGAAAGAAAUAGCUGAAAAUGAAGUUGCUGCACAGCCGACUGAAGCCGCUGAUGCUGAAGUUAGUGGUGGAUCUGAGUUGACAGAUUCGGUGUCGGCUAAUCCAGAACCAACGGCAGCUUCAGGGAAAGAAAGUAUUCCAAUGAGCAACCGCAUGAGGAAAAAGCUGCAGAAGCAGACGUCCUACCAGAAGACAAAGGAGGAUUUUGAGAGAAUCAAAGAAAAACGGAGAAAGAAGAAAGAGGAGUACCUGAAGAACAAACAGCAGCGAGAAGAAGCCAUUCAGAGGUACAAACAGAAAAAGAUGGAGACGUAUCAGAUGCUGAGCAAAAAGACUAAGAAAGGACAGCCAAAUCUGAACCUCCAAAUGGAGUAUUUACUUCAGAAGAUCCAAGGAACUGGGAAAUCCUGAAUCCGUGGUGAAAAAUGCUGUUUGGAAACCUAAUGAGGUGCAUCAGGAUUGUGGCUUUUCUGGGGUAAUCUGACACCAAGCUUUUACAUCUAUAAUGUGAUUUUUGUUGCAUUGUGUUGCAGAAAAGCUCAAGCGGCAGGUCAUUUUAAUCACAGACCACAAGAUGGCAUCAUAACAUAUGAAGAGACGGGAAAGCAGGCUGAUGUAUAUUUUAUAAAUAAAUGUAUCAACUCCUGUAAAGUGCUUUUAUUUUGAAAUGAAUAAAUACAACUAAAAGCAAA